ACCCGGAUGGGGUGUGUAAGUGCACCGUGCAUAUAAAACUCCAGCAGGAAACUAGCGGUAGUUUCCAGACCCAGGGAAGGGUAAGCAGAAAUAGAUUUGGAAGAAGGGACUGUAAUCAAGAAGCCGGGAAACUUCUCACUUUGCUUCAUGAAGACUAAGCUGCAUCUUUUGCCCAUCGCCUAUUAAUUAGGUGAAAUGGGCCUCUUGCCCACGAUUUGACUUCAGCUGUAUCUCUCUAGCACGGCCAGUUCUUUCCUCUGCCAGCGGAUUGGCUCUAGCCAGAAGCCUACUUCCUGCAAUAAAGGAGUCUGGUUGCUGGGUUGCUAACCCGUUGAUCUCUUUCUCUUCGUGGUGAUGGCGCUUAUCAUCUUUAUCCUCAGGCUGGCCAUCGGUAUCCUGCUAUUUCCCGUAUACCUGCUGAACUUUCUGGGCCUGUGGAACCAGAUAUGCAAAAAGUGGUUCCCCUACUUCAUGCGGAGGUUCACCACGAUGUACAACGAACACAUGGCGAGCAAGAAGCGCGAGCUCUUCAGCAACCUGCCGGGGUUUGCGGACCCCUCCGGGAAGCUCUCUCUGCUGGAAGUGGGCUGCGGCACCGGGGCCAACUUCAAGUUCUACCCGGCUGGAUGCAGGGUGACGUGUGUCGACCCCAACCCCAACUUUGAGGAGUUCUUGAUCAAGAGCGUCGCGGAGAACCGACACCUGCAGUUCGAGCGCUUCGUGGUGGCUGCGGGGGAGAACAUGCAGCAGGUGGCCGAUGGCUCCGUGGAUGUGGUGGUCUGCACCCUGGUCCUGUGCUCCGUGCAGAGCCAGGAGCAGAUCCUCCAGGAGGUGUGCCGAGUGCUGAGGCCGAGAAAAAUGUCACCAGAUGACCAGUGGUCAGCAGAUGGGGAUGAAAGCCCACUCUCCCGACUGAGUAGGAAAUCCAGAGACUCCCCCUUUGUCCCCGUAGGAAUAGCAGGCUUUAUGACUGUGGUGUCCUAUGGUCUUUACAAGUUAAAGUACAGAAGAGAUCAGAAAAUGUCCAUUCAUCUUAUUCACACGAGAGUUGCUGCCCAAGGAUGUGCUGUAGGAGCUGUGACUCUAGGUGUUCUCUAUUCUAUGUAUAAGGAUUACAUAAGACCUCGAUUCUUCAAUGUGUCCAAAAAAUGAAGUUACAUACAAGACAAGAAGGCUUCUGAAAACGAUUUAUUCUGAAGAAUAAAUUUUCAAUAUGUAGUAAUUAUACUGUAGAAGUAUGAGACAGGAUUCUCAUAGCCUUGUAUAGAAAGUCUCAAUUGUUUACGUUGAUUUCCAAACCAAGAGUCAUUGUCAACUCAAAAAUAUCCUUGUCAUCUUUCAGAACCUAGGACAUGAUUUUCUGACUUUUAGAAUUAUUUUCUAGUUAGUGGUGGAAAAUUAUAUUAUGCAAAACCAAUCUGAAAAUUAGGAGUUAGUUAUAUAAUGGCCACAGAAAAAUUAUCUCUAUCUGUAUUAAAUGUAAGGGUCUAGCCUGGGUGGCUCAGUGGGUUAGUGUCCGACUUCAGCUUAGGUCAUGAUCUCAUGGU